AUGGCUUUGCCACCACCACCACCAGACUCUGCAUCUCUUGGAUACUGCUCCCGCUCCAGCUCCGUCCGAAUCAACCGUAAGACAAAUUGCGCCACAUCGAAUCCCCCAUCGCCCGGGUCACAACAAGAUUCCAUUAAGUCUGAUGAGGUUUUCGAAAAUGUCGACCUUUCAUCCGGUCUCGACGGUCUGCGCAUUAACGGUGUCGCGGCUUGGAAUACUUUGAGCAGCAUGGCUGCUUUAGGAUUAGAGCCCAACAACGGCGACUCCAACGACGAUCUCAUCCCGUUCCCUCGGAUAUCAGUUGAUGGCAGCGAAGACGACGACCACGAGCUUUCGGAUCCAGACACUUCCUCCAAACGAGGUCCUUUCCAUAAAUGGAUGAGAACUCUUCAUCGACGCGCCAAACAGCGACCGCGGCCUAUGAACGUGGAUGGUGCCUUACCUUGGAAGCUUCUGGAUUCGGCUGAUAGGUCAGCACUUUCUCGGAGGACUCGCCAUAGGAGAUCAUCAUCAGGUUCAUCUUUUGGAUUCGUCGCUGCGGUGAAAAGUGCUAGUGUCAGCCUUGCUAGCGGCAGUGCUAUAAUUCGCCCUCGAGGUAACAGCCGCCGCUCACUGGCCUUUUCCAAAACCGAGCGAAGCAGCAGAGGUUCUUUCACUGCAACCAGAUUUUCAGAAGACAGUUGUGAUGUCGGGUUGCCAACCCAGGCUGAUCCGUUGGCGACCGAACGCGCUUUGCAGCGUAGACGCAUUUUGGAGGAACUCAUCAGCACCGAGGAAGGUUAUAUUGCAGACGUCCGCUUCCUGAUGAAUGUUUACAUUACGAUACUCGCUUCUCUGCCCACUCUGCCCCCGGGGCUUAGGUCCUCGAUCAACCGCAAUCUCACAGACAUUGUUGAACUCCAUGAAGAGCUGUUGGGCGACCUGCAUCGCGCUGUGCCGGACUCAGAGUACACUCAAAUGGAGAUUCCGCCGUUGCCCAGAAAGCCUCUUGGUCGUGGACACCAGCGAAUGAGGAGUCUUGAUUCUGUACCAGAAGACGAUGACAGGGCCAUAAGUUGGCUUCAAGAAGUGCCCGGGAUGAUAUCCGAAGCACAGGUUGCCGGAGAUGUGGCAAAGGUGUUCAGUAGAAAGAUGAACCGUUUCUUCAUUUACGAAGAAUACGGCGCAAAGUAUGAGAUGAUGAUCAAGGAUGUUGCUUCAGCUCAUCGGACUAUGCCGCAAUGGGACACCUAUCAGAGAGGUAUCGAGACACUGGCUUCAUCGUUGGGAUCUGCAAACAGUCAUGCCGACCAGGCGAAGAAGUCACUGACUAUUGGAGAUCUCCUUGUCAAGCCCAUUCAGCGGAUCUGCAAGUAUCCUCUGCUUUUUGCCGAACUUUUGAAGUAUACGCCUGUGGCAGACUGUCCGAAUUCCCACAUGGAGGUUGAAAGCGCUCUUUUGCGAUUGCGAGAGGCUACAGCCGAGAUCAAUCGAGCAACGAACGACAGGCGAAUGAAAUCCACACUGGAAAGAACUUGGGUUCUUCAAGACAGGCUGGUUUUCCCUGAACAAAAACUUGACGCAGCCUCGAAAAACCGAAUCAGGUCAUUUGGCCAUGUUGAGCUUUGCGGUGCACUGCAUGUUUGCUGGCAAACAAAAGACGGCGCAAAAGGACAGUACAUGGCUUGUCUCCUCUAUCACAAUGUCUUCUGUCUAGCUUCAGCCAGCAAAGUGGACCAGAUCUACACUAUCCAAGCAUGUAUCAACCUGGCCAGUAUCAAGAUCGAGGAGACGGAUAAUGGGAGAGGUCUUCAAUGCCACACAGCUCCAUUCUCAUGGAAACUGGUAUUUGAGUGCGAUUCCCAACUAUACGAAAUACUCAUGACUGCCUGUUCGCCUCGAGAGCAAGAAGAAUGGCGAAGCCGGUUGUCGGUUGCCAGAACGGGAGAGCAAGAGCAGAUCGAUCCUAAUCUGUACAGCUCAAUGUCUUUGAACAUGAAGAGUCUUGGCACUGUUGCCCGUCGGAUAUCGAUUCAUCGCGCCACCACAGUUGGCCCAAAAUCACCCCUGUGUCAGGUCAUUCUGAAGAAUACCAGUGUUAUGCGAGACAGUUCAGAUGCUGCAUCCACAACAUCUAUCAAUCGCUCGCAAUCACUGCUCACAACAAAUCCUCGCAUUCCAAUUCUUGCGCCUCCACGAGGUGAGAGAGCUCGACUUGAAGCUCUCAUGUCUGAUGUCUGGAGCCGAGAUUUUCUUCCGUUCCCCGGUAUGACUGGUCGAUCUCGCUCUGAACACUUGGUUCGAAGUUCGGCCAGUACAAUGAUGCGGAAGCUCAGCGUUGCAAGCAUCGCCAGCUCCUUUGCAAAGAGGUCGAACAGCGUCGCUAGCAUGGGGAAGCUCAUCCCUGACGACGAUGUGGGAGAAAAGCAAGAAAACACGCAUCACGGACAUGCCUCCAAGCUCUGUAGAGGCGAGAGUUCAAACAUUGAGCACGGUCUCGACGACGAAGCUGGUGAAACAACAAAGACUCGUUUGCCCAAAAUCGACGAUGUCGAGGUUAUAAGCACGGUUAGCGCUCCGGCAACCCCGAUGUUGAAUCCGGCCAAAUUUCUUGUUCAUGCAGAUCCAGUCGAACAACUGCGGCUGGAGCACAUGUACACUGGGGACACGUAUACGUCGAGGCCGUCCAUUCUGCGCACUGCGUCGGGAAACAACUUGCCGCGAGUGCGUCGAGACCAAAUCACCGACAGAAGAUCACCCUGCCCUUCAGAGAAAGGUAACAGGGAGCAUCAAAAUCGGGGACCAAAAGCGCCCAAGCUGUCCCACAAGGCGUCGAUGCGCUGGGGAAAGGUUGGCACAUUGAACAGAGACGAUUUGGUCCAGGGCAUCCGAAGCUUCUUUCGAUGA